AUGUCUGCGCAAGUUCAUACUCAGCUAGUGCCUGUCAAAAGGGAACCCUACAGAGGAUCAGACAUACUUAAGGAUCCUGUGUCGACCGUUGAUCCCGAAGCUUUUGAAAUUAUGAAGAGGGAAAAGGGACGACAGCGUCGCGGUCUCGAACUCAUUGCUUCAGAAAAUUUUACCUCAAAAGCCGUAAUGGAUGCUCUGGGUUCGGCAAUGUGCAAUAAGUAUUCUGAAGGGUACCCAGGAGCCAGGUACUACGGUGGUAACGAAUUUAUUGAUCAAAUGGAACUACUUUGUCAAAAGAGGGCACUUGAAGUUUUCGGUUUAGACCCAGAACUUUGGGGCGUUAAUGUGCAGCCCCUUUCCGGAUCUCCGGCGAAUUUCGCAGUCUACACGGCUUUAGUUGAACCGAAUGGGCGUAUUAUGGGACUCGAUCUUCCAGACGGUGGUCACCUUUCCCAUGGGUCAGUUGUAUCGCUAUGUGAUUACGAUUCUGGGCGAUUGCCAGGUGUAACAGUUCUAGGUCAGUCUUGUGUGACUAUAGAAACAGACAAUGUGGAUGCGAAGACUGGUUUGAUUGACUAUGAUCGAAUAGAGGAGAACGCGAUGCUUUUUAGACCGAAAGUUCUGAUCGCAGGGAUUUCGUGCUAUGCCCGCCAUUUGGACUACGCUCGAUUUCGAAGUAUCGCCAAUAAAUGUGGGGCAUACCUAAUGGCUGAUAUGGCACAUAUCUCUGGUCUCGUUGCUGCUGGACUAAUUCCGUCUCCCUUCGAAUACGCCGAUGUGGUAACAACCACCACGCAUAAAUCCCUUCGCGGACCUCGAGGAGCGCUUAUUUUCUUCAGGAAAGGUGUUCGAUCAACGAGUGCCAAAGGUGAGAAGAUUAUGUACGAUAUCGGAGAGAAGAUUGCAGCAGCGGUAUUUCCUGGACUUCAAGGCGGCCCUCACAAUCACACCAUCACAGCUAUCGCUGUUGCGCUCAAGCAGUGUUUAAGUGAGGAAUUUGUGAAGUACGCUAAGCAGAUACUGUUAAACGCUCAUGCGCUAUCUACUAAGCUGAUCGAACUAGGCUACACAAUCGCCACAGGUGGAACAGACAACCAUCUGUGUCUUGUCGAUCUGAGACCGAAAGGAAUUGAAGGAGCUAAAGCGGAACACGUACUAGAUAUGGUCCAUAUUGCGUGCAACAAGAACACAUGUCCCGGGGACGUUUCAGCCUUACGUCCGGGAGGAAUUCGUCUAGGAACUCCUGCUCUGACUUCCAGGGGCUUCACCGAGAAGGAUUUUGAGCAAGUCGCAAUAUUCAUUGACGAAGCUCUUCAAAUUCUGUUGAAGUAUCAAGGCCAAGCUGGCAAGACGACGAAAGACUUCAAAACAUUCACUGAGACCAACAAGGAUUUCCUGAAAGACGUCGAUGAAUUAGCUAACGUGAGAACUCCCGACCUCUUGUUUAUGGCACUCUGA